UCUACCAGCUGGCUGCUAUCCUAUGUGUUCAUGUUCGUUUUAAGUCCUUACUCACCCUCACCAUACAGUUUCCCUUCUUCCCUUCUGCUUCAACCUCAGAAAUCUUCCUGCUUUAACUUCUCCCAUUCACAGUCUCUGUUUUUGAGUUGCAAUACUCUUUACAAUCUGCAUCUCGGACAACUGAAAAGGAAACGAGAAAAAAGAAGCGAAAAUGGCGAUGAAUAUGAGCUAUGCCUGCUUAUCUGUCUUCACUGAAUUCCAAAGACGGAAUCUGAGAGUAAGAGCAGUUGCUUCCGGAGAUUUUGCUGCUUUGAGAGCCGAGGAAGAGAAAGUGAAAUUAGGCGGUUCUGAUCUCAAGGUGAGCAGACUUGGAAUUGGAGCUUGGUCAUGGGGGGACACCAGUUACUGGAAUAACUUCGAAUGGGAUGAUAAGAAAAUGAAGGCUGCUGAGGCUGCUUUUGAUACCAGCAUUGAUAGUGGAAUAACAUUUUUUGAUACCGCUGAAGUUUAUGGCUCUAAGCUCUCUUUGGGUGCUAUAAAUUCUGAAACUCUUUUAGGAAGGUACAUUCUAUUUAUUAAGAAAAGAAAAGAAAAGAAUCCGGAAGUGGAAGUUGCUGUAGCAACAAAGUUUGCGGCAUUGCCAUGGAGACUAGGACGUCAGAGUGUCCUUGCUGCCCUUAAGGAUUCUCUCUCUCGGCUUGGUCUAUCUACAGUGGAACUUUAUCAACUUCAUUGGCCUGGAGUGUGGGGAAAUGAAGGAUAUCUUGAUGGUCUUGGAGAUGCGGUUGAGCAGGGCCUUGUGAAGGCUAUUGGUGUUUCAAACUACAAUGAGAAGAGACUUCGUAAUGCUUUUGAAAAGCUUAAGAAGAGAGGAAUACCUCUAGCUUCAAACCAAGUGAAUUAUAGUCUCAUAUACAGGGCACCAGAGCAAAACGGUGUCAAGGCUGCCUGUGAUGAGCUUGGAAUUACUUUGAUAGCAUAUUCUCCGAUUGCUCAAGGUGCCCUUACAGGAAAGUAUAUGCCAGAAAAUCCACCAACUGGCCCACGUGGCAAGAUUUACACUCCUGAGUUUCUAACAAAGCUCCAACCUCUUCUGCGUAGGAUAAAGAAAAUAGGAGAGAACUACAAAAGAACCGCCACACAGGUAGUACUAAACUGGUUAAUAGCCCAAGAUAAUGUUGUGCCAAUUCCAGGAGCCAAAAAUGCUGAACAGGCUAAGGAAUUUGCUGGUGCUCUUGGGUGGAGACUAACUAAUGCAGAAGUCAAUGAGCUGCGAUCUUUGGCAUCAGAGAUAAGUCCUGUUAUUGGUUUUCCUGUUGAGAACUUGUAAAUUUCUACCAAGCAGUUUUAAAUUCGCUUCUAAAUCUCAACUACAGAUGUGAAUGCAUUAGGCUUCUGAGUAUAUGUUCUUCCUCAUUUUUGUAUCUGCAAAUCCCAUCACUUGUGAUGUGAGUAUAUAUCCAUGGAUGGAUGGGUACUUUUUCUGAUUCCUCACUUAAUAAAUAGGAACACAAAUUCGUAAUUA